AUGGACUCUUUGUGGAUUUUUGUGCAGCUCAUCACAGCUGCAGCCUUCAUAUGUUCCACAAUCAUAGUAAUCUUCAAAGCCUCAUCCUCUUCAAAGCCUUCACUUCCUUCUGGCUCCCUCGGCCUCCUCUUCGUCGGCGAAACGCUCCACUUCAUCUCCUCCGCUUACUCUCACCGUCCCGACAGCUUCAUGGACACGCGCCGCCGACGAUAUGGGAAGGUUUUCAAAUCCCAUUUAUUUGGAAGUCCAACAAUUGUAUCAACUGAUGCUGAAGUUAACAGAUUUGUUCUACAAAGUGAUGCAAAGGCUUUUGUGACAUCUUAUCCAAAAUCUGUGACGGAUUUGAUGGGAAAAGCUUCUAUUUUGCUCAUUAAUGGCCCUUUGCAUAGAAGAAUUCAUGGUCUUAUUGGAGCAUUCUUCAAGUCAGCUCAUCUUAAAGCUCAAUUAACCAUUGAUAUGCAGAAAUUUCUUCAAAAAUCCAUGUCUACUUGGAGUUCUUCUCAACACAAUCCUAUCCAUAUACAAGAUGAAGCCAAAAAUAUUGCAUUUGAAGUACUAGUAAAGACAUUGAUGAGUUUAGAGGGCGGUGAAGAAAUGGAAUUUCUGAAGAAACAAUUCAACCAAUUCAUUGCUGGGAUUAUGGCUUUCCCAAUAAACAUCCCAGGAACCACACUUUACAGAUCAUUACAGGCCAAAAGGAAAAUGGUUAAGUUAGUGGAAGAAAUAAUAGAAGGUAAAAGAAAGAAGAUGAAUGAGAAUUUGAGUAAUAAUAGAGUCCCAAAUGAUGUUGUGGAUAUCUUGCUGAAUGAUGGAAGCCACCAAGUUACUGAUGAACUCAUAGCAGAUAAUAUCAUUGAUAUGAUGAUUCCCGGCCAAGAUUCAGUCCCGAUCCUUAUCACUUUGGCCAUAAAAUACCUUUCCGACUGCCCGUUAGCUCUUCAACGAUUAGUGGAAGAAAACAUGGAAUUGAAAAGACUGAAAACCCAGCUUGGAGAGCCAUUGAAGUGGACUGAUUACUUGUCAUUACCAUUUACACAAAAUGUCAUAACGGAGACGUUGAGGAUGGGGAAUAUAAUAACCGGAGUGAUGAGAAAGGCGGUGAAGGACGUCGAGAUAAAAGGGUAUCUAAUACCUAAAGGAUGGUGUGUUCUUGUAUAUUUUAGGUCAGUUCAUGUUGAUGAAGAACACUUUGAAAGUCCUUACCAUUUUAAUCCAUGGAGAUGGCAAGAUAAAGACUCAAACAGCUUGAAUUUCACUCCUUUUGGUGGAGGACAAAGGUUGUGCCCUGGACUUGAGUUGGCCAGACUAGAGACUUCCAUUUUCUUGCAUCACUUUGUCACUGAAUUCAGGUAA